UUCGUGGAACAGAUGCGCAACAUGUGCAUCUUUUUGUCUAUAAAUAAGGAGUAUUAAUAAACCCACAGACAGGAGCACAUUGUAACCUUCCCACUCUCUUAAACCCAUCCCUUCGUCUUCUUCGUCCAAACUAUUUCAGAAUCCUCUCUCUCUCUCUCUCUCUAGAACUGAUAAUGGCCACGAGCGACCAAAACAGCAAGACCCUUUGGGGGAGCGUGAACCAUGGGCCGUCGAGCUACGCCCUCAACGGCAAGAUCAUGCUUUCCUCUGUAAUCGUCCUCUUCGUCGCCGUCAUUCUCAUCCUCUGCUUCCACAGCUACGCCAGAUGGCUUUUCCGGAGACAGAACCGCCGCAUUCGCCGCCGCAUCAGGGCCCACCUCCGCUCCCUCUCCGCCGCACGCGACCCUGCUCUCGCCUCCUCCCUCGCCCCGCUCGACCCGGCCGUGCUCGACAACAUCCCAGUCUUCGUCUACGCGCCUCCCAAGACCCUCGACGCGCCCCCGAUGGAGUGCGCCGUCUGCUUGUCGGAGUUCGAGGAGGAUGACGAGGGGCGAGUCCUGCCCAAAUGUGGCCACGCCUUCCACGUGGACUGCAUCGACACGUGGUUUCGUUCGCGGUCAAGUUGUCCGCUCUGCAGAGCCCCGGUUCAAGCCGAUAACCCAGCAAUCCUACCCGAGCAGCCCAUUUCCGAGACUACCGAACCGGCCGUUCCUGUUUGUUCAUCGGUUAAACCGGGUGUGGAUACCGAAACCGGUAGUUCAUCUUCAUCAGACGAUUCCUCCUCCUCCUCCUCCUCGUCAUCUUCAUCGCCGACGCCUUCUUCGCCGGUAAUCUUUCCGCCGGAGAGGUGCCCUAGGCAACCGGUCGAGCUGGUUGGUAUAAUUGUGGAGGUGCCCAGGGAAAUUGACGCUCCCAGUACCAGUUUACCCGGUGAAAAUGGGUCCAAGUUUCCGGGUAAUCGGGUUCUAUCCUUGAAAAGGCUAUGGAGCAUUUGAUAAUUUUUUUUCUUGCUUCUAAGAGAAUAAAAAUCCGAGAAUCGGAUACCGAGGAAUCCGGAAGCGGGCAAGGAAACAAGGGGUUUGUGUUUUUCUAAAACCGGAUAGUGAUGACGACACGUGGCAAUUUUGACUGGCCGACGUGGCCGUCAGUCCCGGACUUCGGAUAUUCGUCUAAAUUUCAUACGGCGUUUGGAUUCGGACGGAACUGGAGUAGUUGUUUGUAUAUAUGAAACGGUGUCGUUUAAGCGCCUGUUGGCUCGUUCGUUUGUUUGUUAUUUUUGUGGUCUCUUUGGAGUUUGGGUUGGUUUCUUGUUUACUUCCCCACGAAAUUGUUUGGGCUUUGUGAAAAAAGAGAUUGUAACCAAAUAACUGAGAAGCAAACGAACGGUUGAAUGCAGAAAAUUUGAUCAAGUCUCUUAGUCUCGCUGAUUUCUAUUUGUUAACCGGCCGAGAAAUUUGAAAACGAUCAUUCUUCCUAAUUUGUUGUAAUAAAAAAUAAAUGGACUCCAUACCAUAAGGGUGUCUUUUUA